AUGCCUGAUUCCUAUGUGAACUAUAUGCCCGAGUCCUGGUUCGAUCAUAGCCCAGCUAUUAUUCAGUUGGAUAGUUCUGGCCAUACUCAGAGAGGGACUUUUAAAUAUCUGUAUAUGUGGUCCAUGCACUCAGAUUUCUUGUCUAUUGUCCAGCAUGCUUGGGAUACUGAUAUACAUGGUAUUCAUAUGUACAGAGUGGUGAAGAAACUCAAACUUCUGAAAGUUGAGUUGAAAAAGCUGCAUAGAAAAUAUUGUACUGAAAUUGAGCUUAAGUAUUUUAAGCUCAAGCAUGAGAUUGAGAAUAUUCAGCUUGUUUUGCAGAAUGAUCAGUCAAAUAGAGCCAAGAUUAAUUGGCUUAAAGUUGGGGAUAAUAACACUAGAUUUUUUCACAACUAUAUGAAGCAGAGACAGUAUAAGUCAAGGGUGAUUGCUAUAAAUGAAAGAGAUGGGAAUUGGUGUGAUAAUCCUGAGAAGACAGCUGAUGCUUUUGUUGGGUAUUAUAAGGUUCUGCUUGGGACUAAUGAUGGUGAUAGGACAGGAUGUGAAUUGAAGAGUGCUUUAUUCUCUAUCCCUGGGGAUAAAGCUCCUGGUCCGGAUGGCUAUAACAGUAAUUUCUUCAAGCAUGCUUGGAGUGUUAUUGGUGAGGAGGUGACUGAUGCUAGUUUACAGUUUAUGGAGAAUGGCAAGAUGUUGAAAGAGAUCAAUUGCACCACUUUGACCCUGAUUCCUAAAGUUGAAAAUCCUACUUCUGUGACAGAGUUCAGACCUAUAGCAUGUUGUAAUGUGCUGUAUAAGUGCAUUACAAAGAUGAUUUGUAAUAGAUUGAAGAUUGAUAUAGUGGCUAGAUAUAGCAGAAAGAACUCUCUUCCUGGGUGUUUGCUCAAGGUUGACAUUCGAAAGGCAUAUGAUUCUAUGAAAUGGGAGCUUCUGGAAGAAAUGUUAAAGGCUUUGAAGUUCCCUGAGAAGUUCAUUAUGCUUGUUAUGAGUUGUGUAACUUCAGCCUCCUUUUCUUUGGUCAUAAAUGGGAAAUACUUAUCUAGGAUUUUGGGUCAAGUUGGGAUGCAUAGGAGGUUUAAGUUCCACCCUAGAUGCAAAACAUUGAGGCUGAAUCACUUGGUUUUUGCAGAUGAUAUGAUUAUUUUUAGUAGAUACUUGGGAAUCAAUGUGAGUGCUAAGAAGUUGGCUAAGGAUGAUUGUCAAUUCCUUAUUUACAAGAUUACAAGCAGGGUCAGAACUUGGGGUUGUAGGACCUUGUCUUAUGCUGGUAGAGCUCGGCUUGUGAACUCAGUGCUGAUGUUUAUGCACAUUUAUUGGGCUACUAUCUUCUUGUUUCCUAAGAGUGUGAUUGAUGGGGUGGCUGCUAUAUAUAGAAAUUACCUAUGGACUAGGAAAGCUGUUUAUACAAAGUCCCCUCCUAUUGCCUGGGAUAUUGUCUGUAGGAGUAAAAAGCAGGGAGGGUUAGGGAUUCAAAACUAUAAGAUCUGGAACAUUGCUGCACUUGGGAAGCAGAUAUGGAAUAUUGCUCAGAAACAGGAUAACUUAUGGCUUAAAUGGGUUAAUGAAAAGGGAAGAGUUGGAAGAGGUUCAAGUGUCCUAAUAGUGCUAGCUGGAACUGGAGACAAAUCUGGUGGGUGA